UCGGCGGUUUAUCUUUUGAAUGAUGAACACGUAUCUUAUUUAUAGUCUGUAUACGGUACGUAUUCUUUUAUGCAAAUUCGAGACACCAGUGAUAGUCACAGAUGUGAAGUGCAUUGUGCCUGAAAGAAAUUAGUCGAGCUCAACUUGUUGACGAUAGUGCAGUUUUUUUUAUUGAUGGUAUCAUUACGUGUCGUUAAGUGUUUUUUAUACAUACUCGAACCGAUGUGUUGAAUUAGCAAUGAUAGCGUGAUCAUUUGCCGAGACACCACCCACUCAUUAUGUGUUCAAGAUCAUUUCUAGUUGCUUCUCUUCUGGCAACUACGGCUGCAAUAAUAACUUCUACGAUCGCUGACAAUGGCGAAGAAUUCGCUUUCGAUGUUGUAGAAGAUUUGGAAGUGGAAUUUGAGGGAGAAAAAUUGGUGAAAUGGCACGAAAAGGAUUUGGUAGCUCCAGUUGGAAGAGCCUUCCAUUUGGUCGUACCUAAAGAAAAUUUUCAAGGAGUAGUAACAAGUUUUGAGGCAAAGAGACGCACAGGAAAAGCUCUUCCCUCCUGGCUGCUUUUUGAUAAAAGGGGUGGAGUAUUUUGGGGUGUACCGCUUACUCAAGAUAUCGGACUAGUAACACUUACUGUGAAAGCAUUAGGAAAAUUCAACAGCACAGAAGAUAUCUCAAUUAAAGUAGUUGAAUCUACAGAAGAAUCCACAGUGAUUGAGAAAUGUAAAUCGACUGAAGAAAAUACGAUUCUCACUUUAUUGAUAGAUAAAAAUAUUAAGGCAAUCAAACCGAAACAAAGAGUUAUUGCCAUUAAUAACAUCGCCCAGUUUUUCGGAUUACCACAUCGUGCCUUUAUGUUGAAACCUCAAAUACAAAAAGAUGACAUUACAGAUAGUUCUGUAGUACUGGCUGGUCCGGGAAAUAUCCGAUCAAGAAAUUCCAAGGUAGCAUCUUUUCUACAAGUAGCAGUAGGGUGCGAUGGAAGACUGUGGCUCUCUACAACUUCGAUGGUGCAUCAACUGAAACAACAAGCAAAAGAUGGAACCAUUACUGAAGUAUUAGGCUUACCUUUAAUAGGCUGGAGAGUUAAGACUGAAACUAAACCUGUUGUUAGAACUAAAAGAGAAUCUGAUAUUCUUUAUGGAGAUGAUGGUAGCGGAGAUUAUAAUGAUGAAGAUGAAUAUUAUGAUGAUUACGAAGAUUCUUAUGAUAAUGAAGAACUUGGAGACGUUGAAAAAGUACCUCCGUCUGCAGCGACUCCAAUAACUCUACCAACUCCCAAAAAGAAUACAACUUCAACAACAGCUGCUAGUACAACUAUAUCUUCCGAAAUUACUACUCAUCCUCAUAGGCAUCAUCAUGGUGAACCCAAUCCUAGCAUACCAAAUAUACACCAUCAAACAACCAAUAAAAACUUUAAUAUUGACGAAUUUGUUCCUGUAACAAUUCUCCCAUCUGAAACUGAAAUAUCUUCUUCUACCACUACAUCUACAACCAGUACGUCACAGAACUUUGGACAAUCUAAAUCCAAACCAGACGAUGUAUUGAACUAUGAAGAAAACUAUGAUUAUGGGGAAUAUGAUGAUGAGGACGAUGACCUCCCGGAUCCUAUUGAAAGUGCAACUGUUGUACCAGAGUUUCCUAAAAAGAAACAAAAAUUUGUUCCUGUAGUUGGAGAUACAGAAAGCACAACCACUGAAGAAAGCAGUAUCAAAACUCCAACUACUGUUAAGAUUGAACCAGAUCUAGUAACUGAAUCAAGUACUGUUCCUAGUACUACUACAACUAGUACAACUACUACCACUACUACUACACCUGUUCCUUCAACUGUUAUCAUUACAAGUACAACAAGUACUACUGAAGCUCCAACAACUUUCCAAAUCGUUGAAGAAGGAGAGCUAGAGAUUGAAUUUACCACAGAAACUGAAAGACCUCCAACAACAUCUGAGGUACUACCAACUACUGAGGAAACCACUGUUCCAACAACGACGUACCAAGCUAUUUAUAAUAUUCCGAAGAAGAGUGUAGAAACUACAUCUACUUUUACAACUUCCACAGUAACAACAGUAGCAGUAACAUCAUCAACUGUAAAAGGGGAAGAAUCCACUACACCAUUUGUAGAAACUACAACACGUCGAGAGUCUUCAACUACACAAAAAUUACCAACUACAAUUAGAGAAGUUACGGAAAUUGAGUACCACGAAAACUUUGAUCCUUUUGUAGAAAAUCGUCUUCAGCCUAUGUCGGUUAUUGCUGGAAAAAUAUUCAGAUUCGUGUUGCCACUUCAUACGUUCAAAGAUUUUGAAGACGAAUACGAUUUGACAUAUCAGUUGCUAGAUUCUAAUAAUAAUACAAUCACCAAUAACAGUUGGUUGAAUUUUAACCCCACUAGAAGAGAAUUUUAUGGAUUGCCAUUGGAAGUUUCCAAGUGGUUCUUCUGGAUCAAAGCGACCGAUAAAGAUGGUGGAUCCGCUCAAGAAAUGUUAAUCAUUCACGUUCAACAACAUAAAUUGGAACUUGUAGUUAAUCACGAAUUUAGUUUAAUAAUAGGUAUUGAACGAUAUCAAGAAUUCCAACAUUAUGUUGACUGGUCCCUGAAGGUACUGAGAGCAUUAGGAAAAAUUUAUAAUACAAAUAUGACGGAGAUAACAGUCAGAAGAAUUAAUUAUACAAGUGAACCCGUGGUAUUUACUUGGUCCAAUGAUUCUAUUGCAACCAAUUACUGUCCAAGAAGUGAAAUUGUAUCACUUUAUCAGGUAUUAACAGCAAAUAAAGUUGGAGAUCCUUCAAGGGAACUAAGCAUUGCUUUAUCUCCCGGACUGCGCGUUAAGAAAGUUAUAUAUAAAGAGUUAGGAUUAUGUGAACAACCCCUUAUUCCUGUUACACCUCCAACAAACUUUUCACCAAUUUUGAGGAAUCCUGUUGAUAAGGUGAAUGCUACAGUUGGAGAACUGCUUGUUUUCAAAGUUAAAGACGAUACAUUCUAUGAUCCUGAAGAUGUGGAUUCGAGAAUGUUGAACAUAUCCCUUCUAACCGGCGAGAGACAACCCAUUCCACCGGACAAUUGGCUUCAAUUUGACAGUAAAAACAGAGAAUUUUUCGGUAUUCCUAGAAAAGCGGGUAGAAGUGAAUAUCAGUUAGUCUGUGUUGAUAGUGGUGGCCUUCCUGCUACUGAUAGUUUAGAGGUUGUGGUGUAUCCUCCUCUGAAGAAACCAUAUAAUGUUGAAUUUAGUAUGAAUAUUACGGAAAUUCCAUAUGAAAUCUUCAUAAACAGUGCUUCUCUUCAAAAGAAAUUCGUCGAAAAAUUAACGAAAUUAUUCGAAGAAACCAGUGCAAAUAAUUUCUAUUUUCUUCCAUUCAAACGGUCUUAUGAUUCCACCAUAGUUACAUGGUUCAAUAAAACUUUGCCAGUAAAUCGGUGCCCACAAGAGGAAAUCAAACGCUUGGAAUCUGUCUUACAUAAUAUGAAUGAUAGAUCAAUUGCACAUAAGGUCCAUUCGAUCAUGGAACCAGAAUUUAGAGUAUCAACUAUUAAAGUACAUCUAACUGGCAACUGUAAACAGAGGGUAAGAGAACAGGAACCAAAAUCAGAAAUUAGUAUCCCGGUUGAAGAAACUACACUUCCACCUAGCAGUGAUGAUUAUCUCAUCACUUUCAUUGUCCCGGCAGUUAUAGUUUUUAUAAUGUUAUUUUUGGCAGCAGUAGCAGCUAUUGUUUUAUACAGAAGAAGACGUAUGGGAAAGAUGAAUGUGGAAGAAGAUGGAAGACAAACUUAUGGGAAUAAAGGUAUCCCAGUUAUCUUCCAAGAGGAGCUUGAAGAAAAACCUGAACCAGGUACAAAAGCACCGGUGAUUCUCAAAGACGAAAAACCACCAUUAGCGCCUCCAGAAUAUAGUAAAAGCGGUUCCGUUAAAUUAACAGAUGAUUCGGAACCAUAUCAACCACCGCCACCUUUCACGCGUACACAGGAUAACGGUAGACAAUCCCGACCAAAACCCACCCCUACAUAUAGGAAACCUCCUCCUUACGUGCCUCCUUAACAAUUACAUUUCACGUUUUUCCAGCAAUAAAUUUGUUUGUCAAGCUGCCAAUACUGCUAUUGGUCAAUAAAACUAUUAGCUACAUGAAUUUUUACGGCUCGGCAACUUAAUAAUUUUGAUAUUUUGGACACUAUUCCACAAUAUACAUCACAAAAUUUACACUGAAUAAUUGAAUACUUUAUAGAUGAAUAACUUUUUUAGAUCAUCAGAACUUAUCUAUGAUAUACUUAAUCCUGUUACUCAAAAUGUUACUUGAUAUUAUUUUUUAUUUUUUCCACCCCUCCUUCAUAUAUAAGCUGUUGUAGUUUUGAAAAUUUAUUAAUUAUCAUUUGGUAUAUGUGAUUUGAAAAUUAGACAAAACAUUAAUUGUUAAUUAUAUAUAAAUGAUUUUUAAUCCCUGAUUGAAUAUAUGUAUAUUGUGAAAUGCCUUUUUAUUGUCCAUUUUUUGGGUAGCCAUCUCGAUGCCAAAUUAUUAUUACCACACCCACAGGAUAUUUUAAUCUAUUUUAUAUUUCUUUUAUAUAUUAAAUUAUUAACUAGUUGCACAAAUGAUCUUUUUUUAUUGAUUUUAUAUUUUUUAUAUUAGAAAACAAUAAUAUAUUAUCAUUAAAUUUGAAAAAUUACUUUAUAAGGUAUAUAAGUCAAUAAAGAAACUCAUUCUACAAUAAUAUCUAUAUCUUCUACUUCUCUUUUAAAAGUUUUAGUACCUUCUACUGAAGUUGUCUAUUUUGGUACUUGAAUACCAAAAUGUCUUGGAAAUUUCGAAAUUUAUUUCUAUGGAUUAUGAAGUAAACAAAAUCUAUUCCUUAGCAAUUUAAUACUCAACCAAUACAAUAUUUACAGAUUUUGAAAUAACCCACACUUGUUUUACCAUCAUGGAUCUUCACGCACCAGAUUCGGAUUCCCAAUCCUCUUCCAGCUAUUUUUUCAUAAUUUUCUGUUCCUAGAAAAUACUCUUAUUCCUCACAUAGUUUUCCCUUUAUUCCUUCCUAUCUUCUCCAUCUCAUCAAACCACUGUAUUUGUGCUCUUAAUAUACUGCUAGUGGACUAUCCGGUGUUAAAGAUCUCUAAGGAAAAUUCACUCAAAAAUAUGCUUGAAAUUAAUUAAUAAGAUGUCAAAUUACCUUUGAAUAUAAUAAAAGACAGGUAACAAAUAUAGAUUUACUCACCUCUGAUGUUAUCCAGUUCAUUAAAACUUCAGAGAGCUCUCUUUGUCACAUAAAACAUAACUUGAAACCCGUCGAAAAACCGUGGAAAAUGAAAUCUUACACUACUGAACACUGUUGAGAAGUAUAUUCAUUAAUUUUAAUUUGAAAGUGCUCCUACUCGUUCCAAGAUCGAUUUUGGAGUUGUUGUUUUGGUUGUCUACCUCGUAGUAAAAUAACAAAAUGGUCCACUCCUAAAGUCUGGUACAAGAUUUUCUACAUUUAACUGCUGCAACCGACUAAAAUAGGCCAAUAAACGUAUUCUAAUGGAUUUCUUUACAAAGUCAACCCUUUAAUAGACUAAAAGUCGAAAUAGGUUUAAUACAACAAUUUCUUUAUACUUAACGUGAUUCAUAAUAUUUUUGAAUCGAAUUUAUGCUAAAUAAAAUUAUUUACAAGAAAUGUAAAAUGUCGAUAAAAACCUAAACUCAACAAUUCUGAAGAAAGGGGUAGAAAUACUCAGUACAGGAGGUAAGUUUAGGUAGGGGAGGCCAGUACACAGGGCACAGUUUGUUCCCCUUGUGAAGCAGUAAAAAGUUUAACUAGAAAUCCUAUACCUAGAACUAGGAGGAUAAAAGUUCUUAUUUGUACUUAUUGGAAUGAUCUAGUACGGGAAUCCACCGCCAAAUUACUUCUGUUUUGUAUUUUUCUUAUAAGAGUAUUUUCCUAGACAACGAAAAGGCUCUGGACUAAGUACUCUUUUUAUAUGUCACAAAUUAAAGAUAUUUCUUUUAUUUUUAUCUAUUUUGUAGAGCUUUCAACUUCGAGUGAUAAUAUAAGACCUUAGUGCUUUGAUAACUGCUUGAUGAAUCUUCAUGUCACAUUUUCGGUAGACUCUAUUCUGAUUCAGAUACUAAAUAAUAUUAAAUAAACAAUAUGCGAUUUGAAUUUAAUCUUUGUUGAUGUUUUUUAUCUUAUAAUUAGUAAGAAUUUGUGCAACCCUAAAAGACAUGAUGUAGUGAUAAUUAUGCUAAUGACAAUUUUUUUUAUUGAAACUUUUUUAUAGCAAAACUCAACUCACCACUCUAACUACUAUUUCACUGUGAUAAUCAUUGCUACUAUUUAUUAAAUGAUAUGUAAUUUUUUUACUUUUUUUUCUUGUGGGUGAGUAUUUUAUUUAGGAUAAGCCGGUAAAAUUUAAAACGCGAUACUUGCAAAUCUGUUUGACAUAAAUAUUUGCGUAACGGAUUUUGAUAUUUUUAUUUUUAAUAUGUAAUUGUAUUUGAAUGGUCAUUUCACAAGUUAAUUCUCUUCUUUUUAUAAUUUAUUAUGUGAAUAUAAUCAUAUAUUUAGCAAUAUUUCUUCCGAGAUCAAGUAAUAAUUAAUUGAACUUACGGUACAAUUUUUUCGGAUACAAACAUGAAACCAAGAAAUUAUUUAAAAAUAUCUUAAGAAGUCACUUGAAAAUAGAAAUUAGACAUAAAUGUAAACCUUCUAUACUUGUAACUGCUUGUGAUUGAACUGGAAAAUUAUUGAACAGAAAAGUUAUUCAGUAUUUCGUAUUGAUUUCAUUUCUUUCUAAUCGAAUUUUCAAUUAAAGAAGAUCUAAAAUCUAGACAAAUCAUCUUGAAAUAUAUAUAAAGAGGUCUAAGAAGUGAAAAGUCGACAAAAGCUUUCAAUAUUUGACAUCUGGUGAGGAAUCUUCUGUUUCUGAAGCAAAUACGUGAGCUGUCAAGCAAAUAUUGAAGCUUUAGAAAAUAUAUUAACUAUAAAUAAUUGGAUGAUGGUUACUUAGUCAGAUGAGACGAAAAUUAAUAGAAAUAUCACGGUCAGUAGAUAAUGGAAUUAUAAAAAAGAAGAUGAAGCACUCAUAUCAAAAUUAUUUUAUACAAACAAUGAAUCUUAGUGGUAGUAAUAUCAAAUUGUAGUUGUCUGACAGCUUAUGACAUUAAGCCAAUUUCCAAACUCUUAGGGGUGUUGAACAAUAUCUUGUAAAUGAAGUGGUAUCAUCAAGAAAGGCCAUUUAAGAUAUUGAUCUAAUAGAAAAUUAAUGGAUAACAUUCACUUAAAUGAAUAUAAAGCACCACUAAAUUUAAAACACUACUUUUCAUGGAAAUGCGAGGAUCUGAAAAGGUUACAGGAAAAUCACAGAAAACCUACAACACCAAUAUAUAUUUAAUCUUUUAUUGAUUUAAUAUAUUUGAUCUCAUGGUUCACUUAUUGAAUCACAAAAGAAAUAAUCGAAAAACAAUUUUCACAAGUCCAUUUAAGUAAUUUAAAAUUAACGUGAUAUCACAUAACAUAACAAUUUUCAUUAUUUUCAUAAAUAUCUAAAUAUCUACACAAACGCAACAAUUAAAGCAACUGUUGAUAACAAAAUAACAUCUCACUAUAUACGCAAGAUGCAAUAAUUAAAGCAGAUGUAGAUUAUAAAAUAACCUCUUCGUCACUCAUCUACAAAAGAUGUAUCAAUUACAGCAGCUGUAGCUAACAAAAUAAAAUCUUCUCACUAAUAUAAGCAAAAUACAAUAAUUAAAGCGGAUGCAGAUAACAAAAUAACAUCUUCCUCAGUCAUCUAGGCAGAUGCAACAAUGAAAGCAGUUGCAGAUAACAAAAUAACAUUUUCCUCAGUCAUUUACGCAGAUGAAAUAGUUACAGCAGUUGCAGAUAACAAAAUAACAUCUUCCUCACUCAUCUAGACAGAUGCAACAAUGAAAGCAGUUGCAGAUAACAAAAUAACAUUUUCCUCAGUCAUUUACGCAGAUGAAAUAGUUACAGCAGUUGCAGAUAACAAAAUAACAUCUUCCUCACUCAUCUAGACAGAUGCAACAAUGAAAGCAGUUGCAGAUAACAAAAUAACAUUUUCCUCAGUCAUUUACGCAGAUGAAAUAGUUACAGCAGUUGCAGAUAACAAAAUAACAUUAUCCUCAGUCAUUUACGCAGAUGAAAUAGUUACAGCAGCUGUAGAUAACAAAUUCAACAUCUUCCUUACUCAUAUUGCCAUAUAUGACUUAACAAAACGGCUUUUUCACUAAAUAUUGAAGAUUACUGUAGUUGUUUGAUAGUUUUUUUACAUUUUCGUUAGCUUGUGAAUUGACCAUUUAGCUUUUUAAUUGUAAGGAAUUGUUAUUAAGGAUUGUGCUAAACCUAUGAUGGUCUUGAUAUCUGAUCUGUAAAUAUUAAAAAAAAAAUACGUGUACAUAAAGUUAUACAAAUAAACAGUUUUAGUUCUAAGAAAGAAAAGUGACUAAUUGGCAUAUUUAUAAAGAUAAAGGUAAAGAUAUAAAGAUUAGAUUAGAUUAGAAGUUUUUCGACGAUCUACGCAUUUUCAUAGGUCGUUAAAAAAAUAUAGUGUACAACUGCAGAAAUUUUAUAUUGUAUGACAAUAUGAGUUACAGGUUCAUUAUCUUAUUAAAUAUUUGUAUAAAUACAACAAACGUUUGAAACACAACAAACAUGUCAGUAUAUUUAAAAAAAAAUAAUGAGAAUGAAUUAAGAGACUUAAUUGAUCAAAAAAUCAUUCAAGAACUAAUGGAUCCAGUUGAAUCGAUUAAAAAUAGAAUUUGUCAAAUAGAAUUAUCACAAUCAUACAUAUCCAUUGUAUUUACAUAUCAAGGUAAAUAAUUUGUGUAAGAUUCAGUUUUUUGAACUAUUACAGUGUUGCCUAUCCCACAAAAAAGUUAUGUAACUAACUAAAAAUUAUGGAAUUUAUGGUACAACAUAAUAUAAUAUUGAUAGUGAUAUAAUUGGAUUUGAAUUUCUUAUUUUCAUUAUCGGGGUAAAAACAGAGUAAUCAAAGUAUUUGUUUGUUAUACGUUGAUUUUUCUCGAAUUAUAUUUUUUCGAUAAAUAGAAGACUUACUUGUUUAGCUAAAGUUGUGAUUACCUCUAAGUUUGAUCUACGAUGAUUCCUGUUGUGUAAUCCGACUCGAAGGAUCAUAAAAUGAUUUUCCGUUUAUUGCCAUGAUGUGGUAUUAUCAUUGAUUGAGUUAUGAGUACAAAUGAAUGAACGUGUUAACUUUACUUUUUAUUUUACUUCUGAAAAUACUUUUGUGUUAUUAUAAAAAACAGCCUUUUUCACAUAUAUUAAACAAUACAGUAUAUAGAAAAAUAUUCCGUAGCAUUAGGUGUUAUUUGAAAUUAUUUAAAAUAAAUUUAACACCUUUCAUUAACGAAACAAUUAGCUUUCUACUAUCAUCUACAUAUUCCUUCUAGUUCUAACAGAUUCUCCUAAAUGAAAUUGUGAAGAAUUUGCAAUCAAAUAUAAAAUAUUGAAGUCGCUACAUGGAUUUAAAGUUCCACAAUGGUUCUCGAUGACUUCUUCUGGUAUAUAACCCAAUUACCUUAUCUUCUUCUAUUUAUUAAAAAAUAUUUAUAUUGUUGUAUUCAAUUUUCAGUCUCAUUGAGAUUCGCAAAAUUAGAACUUAUAACAGGGAUCGUUAAAUAAUUGAUUUAAUACUUUACAUAUCACUAAAUGAUACUAAAGUUCCUUAGUAAACCAAAUUAAUUUUGAUGUCAAAUGUAUUAAUUUACAUUGAGGAUUAUUAACAUUUAGCGUGGAAUGUACAUAAAAUAAUAUUUUCGGAUAUACAAGACCAUUUUUAGGUUUUAUCAUUUUUAAACUUACUAGUAGUGCAGUUAACUAAAAUAAAAUAGAAUUAGGCCAAAAUGACAACAGUAGGUUACAGAAAAUUAACGUAUUUUAACAUAAACUCAUAUAUAUACUGUAUUUUAAAUUAUUUAAAAAACGUAGCUUCCUGUAAUCUACUUGAUUAUUUCAUGAUCAUGCAGGACCGUACUUAUAUAUGAGCGUAUAUAUUAAAAACGUUUUUUUUGUUCUAAAAUUUUGUCAUUGUGGUCAUGACGUAAUCUCAAAAUGAUUAGCACACAUUGUAUAGAUUCAGAUAUGUGUAAUUCUGACCAAAAGUUGGAUCGUAACAAUGAAAAACUUUUUAUAAGUGACAUAACUCGAAUCAUAAUGUGAUAUUAUUAUAUCAUUAUUUAAAUAUAUUUGGUGUUUUAUUGAAAAAUAUAUGUGAAUAUUAUACUUCUUGUAAUUGGCCAUUUUUUUUUAUAAUUCUAUACAUGCAUCAAGUAAUAUUAAUAGACUCCAAAUAUUCAAAAGAGUUUUCCUACUUUAUUAAACCUGGACAUGCAAAUGUAAUGGAAAGUGAAGUUAUAUUAGAAAGGAUACUUCGCAUCCUGCUGAUUAUUUCCUCCAUUUAUAAGUCCUUGAUAAAAUAUAACUAAUUGGAAUAGAGAAAAUAAUUUGUUUAAAAAAAUACUCUUUUUGAAAUACAGUGCUAGUAAAUACAAAAUAAUCGCUGUGAUUACAAUCUCAAGCUCAAACGUAAUUGAAAAUAUAUUGUUUUAAAAUAGAGGAGCCAUAGCAGGGAUUUUGGGGUACACUCUAGCGUGGUUAGAUUAGGGAAGUUACUUUGCAGAGCAUUUCCAUCAUGGAUAAGUCUUUGAUAAAGUAUAGAGUAUUGUAUAAGCUGUGUUGCCAACUCGAUCUUCAUUACAAUUUUCUUAUAUAUUUUUUAAAGAAGUAAAGGAAACAUGACUGAUUAAAUAUAAUUUGCAAAUUUCCACAAGCUGUAGCUGAAUAAUUUUUUACGCUUUUUCCGUGAUAGAGUCUUUCAGAUUGUAUGUACCAAGACGAUUUCUCAGAUGAAGAUACAGUAGAACCUCUAUAAGUUGUCCACCUAAGAAACUAAGGUUUAUAUAAGUGUGUUAAAUUGGUAGUAUUAGAUUUAUAUCUACAAAUUUAUACCCAAAAAAUUAGAUUCUUUUUAUCUUACCCGAAUAAAAACGCAUCCUCAUCUGGAACUUUUAACUACUCAUAGAAAAAAGAACUAAACUUUUUUUCUUUUCAUCCUUUCCCGGCUAUUCCCAAAUUAUCAUUGGAUGUAAACAAUUCAUGGAGUACUACAAGAGAGGCAAGUUUUACUCGGAUAAGCAGAAUGACUGAUGAAGAAACUUCUGGAAACCAGAUGGAGAACAAAGAAAAUUCAAGAAAACAUCAAGUUACAGAGAUUAAGUGACAUUUCGGUCAACAUAGAGUGUGUGUGUGUGGCUUGGAAGCAGGUCAUUGAGCCACGUAAUUUGUCAAUGAUUCUACCAAAUAAUAAUUUCAAUAUCCUUGAUAAAAUUUACUAAUAGAUCUGAAGUAUUUCGGUUAUUUAUGCUUAAAAGGUGUGUGAUUGAGAUCAACACAAGAAUUAUCAUCGCAGGUACAGGCUAACGAUUAUGUAUAACACACAGAUUGGCGAGUUUACAGUCUCUGAAGACGAUAACUUGGUUAUCGAAACGCGCGUCAGACAUGGUAAUUGUGAGUGUUGGGGUAGUGGUAGUGUAAACAGUGUGUUCAGUAUGAAUAUCGCGAAUAACGGUUCCAGAAAUUCCAACUAAGUAUAUAUUAUUGUCUUGUCAGCAAACUCUGCUAGUAUGGAUUUCAACAAGAUUGAGGUAAAGCGACUAGAUUACGUAUGAUUAGGAAUUAUGACUUUGUGGACUUUAAAUACAGCUUUAUAAGGAAUGUUAUAUGUCGAUAAAAAUCUGUUCAACAUAAAACUUUCUACAAAGGUUUGUGUAAAUAAAAAAAUUCGUAUCCAUGAAAUUUAGAAAAUCCUUCCAAAUAAUACUCAUAUUUCCGAAUAGUUUCUGCUAGAACAGUCUGUGUAGUAAUUUGAAAUGAUAGAGUAUUUGAAAAUGCCUAUUUUUUGCUUUUUUAGGACUAUAUGAUUGUAGACGCAUCUCUCACCGCCUAUAGGAGAAAAAUAAUAUUUCUUAUCAUCUAAACUUUGGCUUGACCCUUGUAUAAAUCCCAUUUUUCCUCUUCGGCUCCCAUACUAUCAUAUAAUACACAAAAAUUAGAGAAAGACAAAUCAAAACAGUUGAAUGAAAUAAGAAAAAUUACUAGUAUAAUGAGAAUAUUAUUAGGGGUAUGAAAUCUAUUGAUGUAGUCAACAAAACAAUAGUUUGUAAAUAUCUGAUUAGGGAAUUGGAAAAUAUGAAAAAAUGGCUGUAGAAAGUAAAAAACUGUAAAGUUCAAGAAGAUACUGGAUUAUACUAUUUUUGUUAUAAAUUUAAAACAUGGUCAUAACUAAUUAAAUUAUCAGUAUUGGAAAUGAUUAAAAAACUGCUAAAAUUCGAGGUAAAGGUUAGAAUUUGUGAAAAUGUAAAAAGUGGGAAGGACUCACAUUCGUAUAUCUGGAAGGAGUUCAGAAUUAAUAAAGCAGAAUUAUUAGAAUAUAAUAUAUUUUUUGUGAGUAAUAGUUACUAUAAAAAGUUUGUCAAUUGUUAAAAAAGGAUAAUAUAGAAAUCUUCAUAUUGAAUCGUGUUUAUAACAAUUAGUUACCAAUAACUUUUUUAUAUAAAUAUUUUGGUAUAUUUACAAGACAACUUUUUUACGUAUUUAAAUUCGUAUGUAUAAUCAACUUAUUUUUUUGUUUUAAUAUUAAUUAUUAGUUAGAUGGUUAAAUGUAUCAUAUCAGAUUUGUCUCCCAUAUACACAUCCAUUUUGUAUUAACCGUCUUUAUUCAAUACAUAACAAAGUAAA